AUGCUUGAGGGAGUUCUGUUAGGCUGGGUUGGAUACUGGGCAGCUUGGUCUCUGCCAAUGGGCAUGCUGUUUCUGGAUAUGAUUGCGCGGUUGCUUAUAGUCCAGACAGAGCAGCAUUUACAAGAUUCGCAAGCUUUAUUUAAUAAGGCCAAGCACAGCAAGCCAUACAAGAUCGCCCAGGGCGACUCACCCCGCGAUGUGGAGGGAAAUCAUACUGAAAUAUCGCCCCUUCUGUCACCAUAUCCUUCGACGACAGAGGCUCAAACCCUGAAACUGAAAUGGGAAGCGAUACUACUUCAGUUGCGGAACCUUGCAAUUUCUAUGCAGUACUUCAAGACAUUGGUAUUUGGACAAGCAUUCUAA